CACGAUCACAUCUUCUCUCCUCAGAGGCGCCGCUGAUUGGCCGGAUCAGUUCGCGUGCAUCUCGAGGCGGCGUGUGCGCGCGCUCUCGCCUCUCCAUCUCAGCGCGCGACGUACGGGCACGCAAAUUCAAACAGCAUCGAUAUCAAUACAGUUCAACGGCGAGGAUCUUUAUUCGCAUCCGGUUUCCCUCCCGAAAACUUGGCGGAAACUUCACAAGCGUAAGGAUUAAGGAUUCUUCGGUGCACGCGCGAUACUAAUAAUACGCGAGCUGUGUUUUGUGAGGGGAUUGCAAUGCUCCCCAAGGCGAUCAUCUUGGUGCUUCUUUACUUUGGCAGAGCAGUUGCUCUGCAAGUUGAUAUAACACCUUCCCACGGUGAGAUCAGUGUGGGGGAGUCUCGAUUCUUUCUUUGUGAAGUUACCGGCGGAGUGAAGGAAAUCGACUGGUUCUCUCCAAGCGGCGAGAAGAUCGAGCCUGGCAGGCCGGACAUCAGCGUGACCCGUAACGACGAGACGUCCUCCACUCUUACGAUCUACAACGCAAAGGUCGAUCACGCUGGAACAUACAAAUGUAUGGCCAGCAGCAGUGAUCAAGAGGCAGAAUCCACCGUCAAUCUUAAAAUACAUCAAAAAAUCACCUUCACAAACGUCCCAUCACCACAAGAGUACACAGAGGGGGACGACGCCAUCAUUGUGUGUGAUGUCAUAAGCUCACCUCCACCAGUUGUCCUGUGGAAAUACAAAGGUGCAAAAAUCCAAUUUGAAAAAGAUGUACGUUUUGGGACGCUGCCUAACAACCACCUUCAAAUCCGAGGGAUCAGGAAGACCGACGAAGGGUUGUACACCUGCGAGGGUCGCAUUAAGGCACGCGGGGAGGUUGACUUUCGCAUCAUUAAAGUCGUCGUUAACGUACUUCCCACCAUAAGAAUCCGUCAAUCGGAAACGAAUGCCACCGCAGACAUAGGCCCCCCUACAGUGUUGGCCUGUGACGCGGAUGGAUUUCCCGAGCCGAUGGUGACCUGGAAACGGAACAACAUUUUGCUUGAAAGCGGGGAUAAAUACAGCUUCAAUGAAGAUGGUUCAGAGAUGACUGUACUGGAUGUGACAAAGCUGGACGAGGGAGAUUACACCUGCAUCGCAACGAAUAAAGCUGGGGAAAGCGAACAAGAGCUCAGCCUUAAAGUCUUUGUGCAACCCAAAAUCACAUUUUUGGAAAGCCAGACUACAACAGAAAUGGACGAAAAAGUCACGUUAACGUGCGAGGCCACCGGAGACCCCACGCCCACCAUCACCUGGAGCUUCGGCCCCCGCCUCUUCACCGAGGGAGAACAGGAGCACCAAAAGCGGAUUUAUCAGGCUUCUUGGACUCGGCCCGAAAAGCACAAGGGUCCUGAUGGUGACGUGUUGGUCCGUAGCGACGCACGCGUGUCUUCGCUCACCCUUAAGUACGUCCAGUAUACAGAUGCCGGCGAGUACCUCUGCACAGCCCGUAAUGCCAUUGGAGAGACCGCACAGCCUGUGAAUCUGGAAGUUCUCUAUGCCCCGAAAAUCCAGGGCUCAGUAACGGUGUACACGUGGGAGGGCAACCCAGCCAACAUCAGCUGUGAAGUCCUGGCUCACCCCAGCAAUGUGUCUAUUAUGUGGUUGCGAGACGGGAUACAGCUGCCUAACGCUAACACCACCAACAUCAAGAUCUACAACACGUCUUCCGCCAGUUACCUGGAGGUCAACCCAGAGUCAAGCGAUUUCGGCAACUACAACUGCACUGCUUCCAAUGAGAUCGGGACCGAAUCCCAAGAGUUUAUUCUGAUCCCUGCCGAUGUACCCUCAGCGCCCGUCAUCACUCAGGCCCUGCCGUACUCCAGCACGGCUCAGGUGCUUUUUGAGGAGCCUGAAUCCACGGGAGGAGUUCCUGUGCUCAAGUACAGAGCGGAGUGGAGAGCGGUGGGCCGAGAGAAAUGGGUUCAGCGCGUCUAUGAAGUCAAAGAUGGACUGAGUUCAGUCACAGUCACGGGCCUCAAACCCGAAACCGAUUACGAAGUCAGGAUGUCUGCCAUCAACGGGAAAGGCGAGGGCGAGAACAGUAAGCCGUGGGCCUUCAAAACCGAACACGUCCGAGAGCCCAGUUCCCCUAAACUAGAGGGCACCCUGGAGCCCAAAGGCAAUGCACUGAAGCUGCACUGGAUCAAACAAGAUGAUGGAGGCUCACCCAUAAUACAUUACCUGGUUAAAUACAAAGCUAGGGAAGACGCAGACUGGAAGAGUGAGAUCCGUAUGCCUCAUGUAAGCAGCCACGUGAUAUUGAAUGAACUUCAGUGGGACACCGAAUAUGAUGUUAUUGUGGUGGCGGAAAACCAGCAGGGCAGGUCCAGUCCCAGCACCCUGACCUUCAGAACCUCAACAGAACCGGCAGCUACAACAGAUGCGAUGGAUGAUGGGACGGGCCUAAACACUGGAGUUAUUGUUGGUAUUCUCAUACUGGUGUGUGUGAUUCUCUUGCUGGUCUUGGACGCCACCUGCUGCGUCCUCAACAAGUGCGGGAUCUUCAUGUGCAUCUGCGGUAAACCCGGGCCAGGCACCAAAAGCAAAGACAUGGAAGCCGGCAAUGACGCCUUUGUUCGAGAUAUGUCUAAAGAGCCCAUUGUGGAAGUGAGGACCGAAGAGGAAGCUACAGCCAAUCACGACGCAGAAGGCCAUCCAGAGCCCAAUGAGACCACUCCACUGACUGAACCAGAGCAAGUGACGGAAACGUCCGCCGCGAUGGUGGACUUGCCUCUGUCUGUGCCUACUAACUCCGACACAGUCACUGACACUUUUGAACUAAGCCAGAGCAGCCCUGCUAGCGAGAGCACCACUCUCACCUCCAGCAUCACAGCCCCUCCCCCUGAGCCUAACCCCACCCAUACAUCACCAUCUGAUAGUAGUACACCCAAAACUCAUACAAAACCAUCUUCAUCUUCUGACCCUACAACCGAUGAUACUCUUCUGGUAGACCUGGGUGAUGCCUCAGAACAAGCACAAACUGAGGUUCCUCCUGUAAACUCCUCAGAGGAACCAGUACCCAUGCCCCCUAGCCAGGCCAAUUCCACUCCCAUCGUUGUCGAAACAAACUCCACAGAUAAAGCGUCAGAGUCAUUGCCGUCUGUUCAGAGCCCAUCCCAUGCCAGUUCAAAUCCCAGCAGCCCACAGGGUUGCGCCCCUAUCCCCUCAAUGAAUCAUGAUCUUCAGAUUGAUGGAGAACUCCCACUGGCUCCAGACACAGAUCUCCCCCAGGACGGGUCACAUGCUCUGGGUACAGCUGGAUUCAGUGGGCCAUCUGCUCCGGGACAGAGCGAGAAAGUCCUGGAUGAUGAGACGAUUGCGACAGGAAACGCGGAGUUAAAGAAAGCAGGAGGAGAACCCAACGCCGUCUCGCAAACAAACAACACUGAGAUUAAAGCAUGAGGACGGCAGCAUCAUGAUGAACACGUGUUCAUUUAACAGUGCCCUUAAUACAUUUUCUCAACUAAAAGGUGUAUAUUCUGUUACUUAAAUAUGUAUGCCUUUUCCACUUAUUUUCUGAAUAAACUUCCAGAUGUUUCGGUUUCAGGAUGGACAUCUAAUAAUUCAUAUGAUUACAAUGUGUACAGAUUUUUUCUUUGUCGUUCUGUCAUGAUGAUUAUUUUAACAGGGAAUCAAAUUAUUCAGGAGAAAUAUCUUUGCAGUUAUACAAUAUAAAAAUGUAUAUGAUUUGUCCUAUUUUUAUAUUUUGUGUGUUUGAGGGCUAGGCUUGAUUCAUUGUUGGUUUUAUAUUUUAUUUUAUGCGUUUUAUUUACACGUAACUGUAAAGAGGAUAAUGGACUGUAGACAGCCAGUCAACAAAUAUCACGGUCACAUACUUUGUUAUUUGACAAGGUCCGGUAACAAUUUUAAAUGACAAUUACCGUGUAUUUCUAAUAUUUGCGAUUUAUACAUCAAGUCAUUUUUCCAAACAUAUUCUCCAAAAACAUGGAAACUGAAAUAUCUGCUCAUUUUUAUACUGUUAACCUCUGGAGAAAGGGUGUGUUUUACACUGUCAACUGCAAGCUUGUGCACUGUGAUUGUGUUAUCGAAUUGUUGUGUGUUUUUUGGAAGAAUAUCCACAUAGCUUUGUAGUCAACGCUGAUUGUCCUUUUAUAUAACAACAUGUAUAUUGUUAACAGUCCUGUGUAAAACAGGAGGAUUAGGACACACAACUCUGACAGAGUCUUCGCGACAUCACUCAUUGCAUGACCAUCUGCCUGCACGUCUGAUGUUAAACAAGACUGAAGUGUGCUGCCUCACUAGUCAGUGCAGAAAUGCUCAAGAUGUUAUUUCUGGGUGUUUUAUGAUUCCUAGGCUUUCUAUAAAAUUAAUGUUUUGGAUUAUAAAAGUAAAGGAUGUUAUCUCUGCCCACUGUGCACCAAUUAUUCUGUUAAGCACUGCCAUUUUACCCCCUGAAUUGUCAAUGGUUUUAUGUACAUGGGGAUUUGACAAAUGAAAUAAAAGUAUGAUGGGUGUGCUUUAAAAUAAGAACAUGUUGUAAAUUGUGUUGUUCUAACACAUUUUAAUUAAACUCAUUGAAACACGAAA